UUUAGCUCCUAGAUCAUGCUCCCACACCCUAAUCUCAAGGUCAAACACCCCCCCACAUUUUUCUCUCUCUCUCUAACACAUCAUUUUCGCUCUCCCCUUCUCUCUCUCUCUGUCUAACCCCAACACGCCUUUGAGUUUUGACUCAUACAAGGUUUUCACAUUUUCUUUUUCAUUUUUAUUUUUAUUUAUUUUUCGGGAAAACGAAAUUGUAGACAAUGAGAAAUCUCCGCACAAACUGAGAAAAAAAAAAAAAAAAAAACUAAACAAAAACAAUAGAAAAAAAAAAGGACCCAGAGUUUUCUCUCUCUUCUCUCUUCUCUCUCCUUCUUGAUCCAUGGGAGAGUAACGUGAACCUUGAACCUGAACCCAACCCGGAAGAAACUCGAUCGAUUUUCCCCAAUCAAGUAUUGGAUUGGAUUGGAUUCCUCGACGCUCACUCGAUUGGCUCGAAGACCCCAAUGCGGUCUUUCAGAAAACCGGAGAAGAAGAAAAAGAUAAACUUUUCAGAUUGGAGCAGGACCCAGAUUCGUAAUCCAUCGGAAUUGUACUCCGGGCAUCGGUGGGAAUCGGAAUCUGAUGGUGUGGGCAUGGGGGGUGUCGUUGUGGUUUUGGGGUUGUGCUAGGGUUGUUGUGGCGGUGGGGCUGCAUAUGCAUAAACGACGAUGCAGCUUCACUUCUCGCCUAGUAUGAGAAGCAUAACGAUAUCGAGCAGCAGCAGCAAUGGAUUUACUGACUUGAUGAAGAUCAAGGUCGCAGCUCGCCACAUUUCCUAUCGAACCCUCUUUCACACCAUCCUCAUCCUCGCUUUCUUGUUGCCCUUUGUUUUCAUUCUCACCGCUCUUGUUACCCUUGAAGGUGUCAACAAGUGCUCCUCAUUUGGUACUCUUUUCUCUCUUCCAAUGCCAAUUUCAUCGCUCCUUUCUUUGUUUCUUUAGGUAGAUCUUGAUUUGGACAUUGGUUCAAAUUGUGUUCCAGUGUUGUUUAUGGUUGCAUGAUUUUGUUGUAGUAAAUGGAUUUAAGUUAUUUUCCUGAUGAAAAUUUUGAAGCUGCUGGUUAGUUGGUAUGUUACAAUUAAAAUCGCUUCAUUUAGGAUCUGAAUUUUGAAGUGUGACUGAGUAAUUUAAUGUUGGUGUUUCGGUUGCAUGGUUUUUUUUUAUUGUACUUGAGCUUAAAGUUAGGGAUGGGAUUGGAUGGAGAUGUUUUUGUGACAUGUGUUGCUGAAUUAUGUAAGUAGUUGAGCAUUUUGGGUAAAUGGAAAACUUUUUUGUGUUAUUACUUAUUAGGGAUUGUUAAGGACGAAAUUAAGGCCAAUGUUUGUUGUUUUUAAGGUCCUUCUCUAGAAAAUGCUUGCUGUUUGCUGUUUGCAGUAUGUUGAUUGUUUAGGCAGGCGGUUAGGACCGAGGCUUCUUGGUAGGGUUGACGAUUCAGGGAGAUUGGUUAGAGAUUUUUACAAGAUCCUUAACGAAGUGAAGACUGGGGAAAUUCCAGCUGAGCUAAAGCUUCCAGAUUCCUUUGAGCAACUUGUUUCCAACAUGAAGAACAAUCAAUAUGACGCUAAGACUUUUGCGUUCAUGUUAAGGGGAAUGAUGGAGAAAUUUGAGAGAGAGAUCAGAGAGUCUAAAUUUGCUGAGCUGAUGAAUAAACACUUUGCAGCAAGUUCUAUCCCCAAAGGGAUUCACUGUCUAUCUUUGCGUUUGACUGAUGAAUAUUCAUCAAAUGCCCAUGCACGCAAACAAUUGCCUCGUCCAGAGUUACUUCCUUUACUGUCCGACAACUCUUACCACCAUUUUAUUCUGUCAACUGAUAACAUCUUGGCUGCCUCAGUAGUUGUUACUUCUACUGUCCAGUCAUCUCUGAAACCUGAGAAGAUAGUCUUCCAUGUGAUCACUGAUAAAAAAACUUAUGCGGGUAUGCACUCAUGGUUUGCACUAAAUCCUGUUUCCCCUGCUGUAGUUGAAAUCAAAGGCAUUCAUCAAUUUGAAUGGUUGACUAGAGAAAAUGUUCCAGUACUUGAAGCUGUAGAAAAUCAAAAUGGGAUCAGGAAUUAUUAUCAUGGGAAUCAUGUUGCAGGAGCCAAUCUCAGUGAUACUAGUCCACGUAAAUUUGCGUCUAAAUUGCAGGCCAGAAGCCCGAAGUACAUAUCUUUACUCAACCAUCUUCGCAUAUACUUACCUGAGCUUUUCCCGAACCUGGACAAGGUGGUGUUUUUGGAUGAUGAUGUGGUGAUUCAGCGUGACUUGUCUCUACUUUGGGAAAUUGACCUGGAAGGAAAAGUUAAUGGAGCUGUGGAAACUUGCAGAGGUGAAGAUGAUUGGGUAAUGUCUAAGCAUUUUAGGAACUACUUCAAUUUUUCCCAUCCCCUCAUUGCAAAGCAUUUGGACCCUAAUGAGUGCGCAUGGGCUUAUGGAAUGAAUAUCUUUGAUCUGCGGGCAUGGAGAAGAACUAAUAUAAGAGAGACAUAUCACUCCUGGCUGAGAGAGAAUCUAAAGUCGAACCUGACAAUGUGGAAGCUUGGAACCCUGCCUCCUGCUUUGAUAGCAUUUAAAGGUCAUGUUCACCCAAUUGAUCCUUCUUGGCACAUGCUUGGCUUGGGUUAUCAGAACAAUACCAAUAUUGAGAGUGUGAUAAAGGCUGCUGUUAUUCACUACAAUGGCCAGUCAAAACCCUGGUUGCAAAUUGGCUUUGAACAUCUUCGGCCAUUUUGGACCAAGUAUGUCAAUUAUUCAAAUGAUUUUUUGAGGAACUGUCAUAUACUGGAACCAUAGUCUGCCAAUCAGGAGCACUAUGGUUUGUACAACCGUGAAUAUGAAAGGAACAAGUAAUACAGGUUUCAUCUAAGUUUUUGUGGCUUGAGAUUUUCUUCAAGAUGAAUUUGACAAGGCAAAUAGAAAAUUGGUUGAGACGGCAAAACAAUUGAAAACAUUGUGGGUGGAUUUGUUACCAUUCGCUACCAUUUUGCAGACAACACAGUUACCAACCCCGCAUGGCCUUGAGAAUCAUUUUGAGUCCUUGAGUUGUGACCUAGAAACACGUCCUCUAUUUUUGGUUUGUGAAAGGAUACUAUUAUUGGUCUUCUAUGGGACAAAUAUAGCAAAGAUUCCAUAGUUGAAUAUUGGAGAAUAAACUGAAUGCUGGAGAUAAAAAAAGUCAGGCCUGUUUCAUCAAUCUAGUUGGUGUUGAGAACACAAGUGCUAGGACAGUUAAUUUGUGAGGUUCCCCCCUCUAGAGCAGCGUUUUACUCUUCAUUUUUUAGUUUCUUAAUUUUUGUUAGUACCAACUUUUACCUUCACCCACUUUGAUUUGAUAUCAUGAUAGUGAAUUCUAGGAGUAGUUCUUGAGAUUGCUUUGUUACGGGUCCAUUGAAUUGGGGAAUUGUAGGAUAUAUAUUAUUCAUUAUGUACGAUUACCAGACAUUGGAAAUGUGCAGAAAAUUCUUUUUUCUCUCCUUU